AGUGGAGCCGGACCUGCCUGGACCACCUUAGGACUACUUUUACGUCUCUUUUCAGAAUGCGGAGAGGAAGUGGCGGCACUCUGAGCGCCCUGUGGCUGCUGCUCUGUCUGACCCCCCCGGCUUGGGGUCAGAGGUCGGCGGGGGAGGACGGCGAGGGGUCGGCGGCGGGCGCCCGGCUGGAGGAGAAGGACGCCCUGUGCUCCGGGCGCGGGUGCUACGCCGUCUUCCUGCAGCGGCGGACCUUCAGGGAGGCGGGGCGCAGCUGCAGAGAGCGCGGGGGCACGUUGGCGACGGCCCACGACCACCAGGCCGCCGACACCGUGCACCGCCUGCUGGCGGGCCUCGAGCCGCACGGGACCCGGGUGCGCUUCCGUCUCUGGAUCGGGCUGCACCGGGCGCCGCGCCAGUGCUCCUCCACUCGACCGCUGCGAGGAUUCGUCUGGGUCACAGGCGACCAGGAAGGACAGUUCGCCAAUUGGCUCCGCGAAGACACGCCGGGGACGUGCACCGCCCCCCGCUGCGUGGCCAUGACCGUGCACGCCUCGGAGGGCGCCCGCGAGAGCGCGGACAACUUCAAGUGGUUGGACGGCUCGUGCGGCCUGGCGCUGGACGGCUACGUGUGCCAGUACGCCUACAAGGGCAUGUGCGCCCCGCUGGACGACGAGGGUCGCGGCCCCGCCGUCUACUCCACGCCGUUCCACCUGAUCAGCCGCGUGCUUACCCACGUUCCGUACGGCUCCGUGGCCGCCGUGCCGUGCCCGCCUCGCCCGUCGGACGGCGACUUACCCGCCGAGCAGACGGCCCUGUGCAUGGAGAGAGACGACGGGUCGGUGGGGUGGUCUCGGGACACGCCCCUCUGCGGGGACGACGCGGCCCCGCCCAACCAGGACUGGUGCAGCGGCGACCACGGGUGCGAGCAGCACUGCCAGAACACGGACUCGGACUAUUACUGCUACUGCUCCGAAGGCUACGUGCUGGCAGAGGACGGCUACAACUGCGAGCCGGACCCCUUGGGCCCGACGGACCCUCCCGAGCUGUCCUCGGACGCUGCCGGGCCCAGCGAGCCGCCCCGCCUCAAGGUGGCGUGCGAGGCCAUGGGCUGCCAACACGACUGCGUGGAGACCUCCAGGGGGGUCCGCUGCACGUGUCCCCCGGGGUACCAAAUAGGCCCGGACGGGCGCGGGUGUUCCGACGUGGACGAGUGUCAGCAGCAGCCGUGCACGCAGGCGUGCGUCAACGCGCCCGGAACCUUCCACUGCACCUGUCACGCGGGCUACCAGCCGGACGACGAGGGCGAGUGCGUGGACGUGGACGAGUGCGAGGACGAGGGGCUCUGCGAGGGCGCCUGCAAGAACACGGAAGGGUCCUUCACGUGCGCCUGCCGCUACGGCUACCGGAUGUCCGGCGCCAUGACGUGCGAGGACGUGGAUGAGUGCGUGGGGGCGUCGCCCUGCCAGCAGCAGUGUCUCAACUACAUUGGCGGGUACCAGUGUUUCUGCGACGACGGCUACGAGCUGCAGGCGGACGGACUCAAUUGCCAGCUGACACCCGACGACGGAGAAUACUCGACUCUGACCCCCGACCCCACCGACUCCUCCCACCUACUCCGACUGGAACACCGCACCACCACUCGGGACGGCAACUUUGACGUGGAAUGGCUGACGGACGCCCCCGCCGACUCCGACAACCGCCUGAACCAGUGGGACGUGGACUCGCCCAAGCGGUACCACACCCAGCCGCCGCCCACACGGAAGGAGAGCGACGCCAACCAAGUCCACCCCGAGGCCGGGGGUGGAGGAGGUGACGGCGAGUCGGGCGGGGACAAGCGUAAGCACGACAAGAGCUGGCUGCUGGUGGCGCUGCUGGUGCCGCUCUGCGUCUUCCUGGUGGUGAUGCUGGCGCUGGGCAUCGUCUACUGCACCAGCUGCGCCGUGGACAAGAGCCUGCGUCUGUCGGACUGCUGCCGCUGGGUCCUACCCACGGCGCCGCCCGACGGCGCCGAGCCCAAAGCACGGGCGUGACGCUGACAGGGAAAGAGUCACGUGACUUUCUAGCUAACAACAAGUUCAGCUCUCAAUCAACUUCUGUAAAUAAAUCACCUCCAUUCCACCUGUAAGUACAAUAAAAGAA